AUGGCGGCGGUACUAGUCAGGGAGGAAGACAAGACCCAACGACCGGUAUACUUCAUCAGCAAAACACUUCAAGGGGCAAAGACAAGAUACACAAAACUGGAGAAGCUAGCCUAUGCCCUACUAAUUUCAUCAAGAAGGCUGAAGCAAUAUUUCCAAAGACACACAAUCAUCCUAAAAACCGACCAAGCCAUCCGACAAGUCCUCCAGAAACCCGAGCUGACGGGAAGGAUGAUGGCAUGGGUAGUGGAGCUAUCCCAAUACGACUUGCAGUAUGAACAAAGACAAGCAAUCAAAGCCCAGGCCAUGACUGAUUUCCUCGUGGAAGUCACAGGAGAAGCACCCGACCUGCCGAACACACGAUGGAAGCUCCAUGUUGACGGAGCAUCCAAUCAAACGUUCGGAGGAGCCGGAAUCAUCCUCGAAAACUCGGCGGGCGUUGCCUUCGAGCAAUCCAUCAAGUUCGAAUUUCCAGUCUCCAACAACCAAGCCAAGUAUGAAGGCUUGAUAGGAGGACUGAUGCUAGCCAAAGAAGUCGGAGCAUCAAGGCUAGAAAUCAGCAGUGACUCCCAAGUCGUCACUUCCCAAGUAAACGGCAGCUACCAAGUCGUCACAAUCCAGCAUGUUCCCAGAGAAAAGAACGCCCGAGCCGACCUCCUUUCCAAGCUCGCAAGCACCAAACCUGGCACAGGGAACAGAUCUUUGAUCCAAGGGCUAGCAACGGAACCUGCGAUCAUCAUGUGUGCAACCCAAGCACCAAACCCGCCCUCGUGGAUGGACCCAAUCUCCCGAUAUCUAAAACAUGCACAAGCACCUCCCAACCAAAAAGAGGCAGAAUUUAUCAAAAGAAAAGCUCCCAAAUACACAAUCAUACAGGGGCAGCUAUACAAGCGAGGGCUCCACCAACCACUACUGAAAUGCCUACGCCCCGACCAGACGGACUACGUCCUAAGAGAGGUACACGAAGGGUGUUGUGGUCACCACAUCGUGGGAAGAUCUCUAGCAAGAAAAAUCAUCAGGGCGGGAUACUACUGGCCCACAAUGAUGUCAGAUGCCCAGGAAUUCGUGAAGAAAUGUAAGAAGUGCCAGGAGAAUGCCGACUUCCACAAAGCACCUUCCGAGGAGCUCAACCUAAUGAUGGCCCCUCGACCUUUCGCCCAAUGGGGAAUCGACCUCCUAGGACCAUUCUCCCCAGGACCCGGGCAGGUGAAGUACUUAAUAGUGGCCAUAGAUUAUUACACCAAGUGGGUAGAAGCAGAACCACUAGCCAGCAUAUCCGCAGCAAAUUGCCAAAAGUUCAUGUGGAAACAAGUGGUCACAAGGUUCGGGAUACCAGAAACUGUCAUAUCGGACAACGGGACCCAGUUCACCGACAAAAAGUUCAAAGGGUUCUUGGAAGGACUAGGGAUUAAGCAAAGGUUCUCCUCAGUCGAACACCCCCAAACAAACGGUCAAGUUGAAGCGGCCAACAAAGUUAUCCUAAAGGGGCUGAAAAAGAGGCUCGAAGGAAAGAAAGGCUCAUGGGCAGAGGAGAUAGCCCCAGUGCUAUGGUCGUACAGGACCACCCCCAGUCAUCUACCGGGAAAUCCCCCUUCCGACUCACAUACGGGGUCGACGCUGUCAUCCCAGUCGAGAUCGGAGAACCAAGUCCGAGGCUGCUCCUCGGAGGGGGGAGCGAGGCAGUUGAAAAAGACUUAG